CUCAUAUUCACAUUUUGGCUUCGGUGGAGCAAUGGGCACCAGCGAUUCAAUGACAAGAGCUCCUCCAUAGCAGGUACCCAAACUAAAAGCUUCUGAGAAGUUAUUAUGUCUUUGCUUCGCAAGAGGCUUUUAAUCCCCACUGGUUCUAUCAGUAAGUACAUCCAAUCUCAAUCUCCAAAAAAAUUGUUUGCUGCCAAUUGUUGUGGCUUGUCUUCACAUGGGUUUUAUAUUUCUACGAAGAAUCAUCAUCAGACAAGGCAUAACUCAAACCUCUCUAUCGAAAAAUCACCCUCACACCCACAACAUGAUCACACAGUUGAAGGAGUUUGUUCAGCUUAUCGUGCCUUCAUUCUUAAUCUACUAAAGAGACGGCAUGGUUUCCGUGUUCUUUUAAUAAAAGAUCUACUGAAUGAAAUUGGAAAACAGGGGCAUUCAAUUGGAUUUGGCUUUGCUAAGCGCCUCAUUUACCACUUGGAAAGGGCUAAGAUGCUGCACAAAUCUUUACAUGUCUUCAGUGAGGUAAGAAAAACAUAUCCAAAAUUGAAUGCUCUUCUUUACAAUCGUCUUUUUGAUGUUUUUGUAAAAUCAGGAAAGAUAAACGAGGCUCUCAAUUUAUUACAUGCAAUGUUGGAGGCCAACUAUGUGCCAAAUAAGACCGUUUUGUCAGCAGUAUUCUUUACAUUGUUAAAGGAAAAUAGACUGCAGGAGGCAGAGAUGACUAUAGUUCACAUUAGUGAGAAAUGUUGCGAGUCUUUCCCAAAUGUUCUACAAUUUACUCAGUUCACUAAUGCAAUGUGUAAAGCAGGGAAGGCAGACAAGGCCUGGGAGAUAGUGCAUUUAGCAAAAACUAAGGGGAUUUCCCUCAGUGUAGCGCCCUUCAAUGUGAUAUUGAAUAGCCUUGGCCACUGUGGCGAUUUCUCAAGAAUUAAUUUGCUUUUCUUUGAGAUGGAAGAGAUGGGAAUCAAAUCAGAUAUCAUAACUUGUAAUAGUCUGCUAGGAGCGUAUUGUGAGUGGGGUUAUAUCGAUGAAGCAUUAGAGUUGUUAGAUAGAAUGAGGCAUGGUCAUUGUUGCCCGGAUAGAAUUACAUUUACUACCUUGAUUGGUGGCCUCUGCAGGGUAGGCAGAGUAGAUGAAGCUCUCGAAUUGGUGGCUAAGAUGAGUGAUGCUAAUUGUACUCCAGAUGAAGUUACAUUUACUACUCUAAUUGAUGGUCUCUGUAAGGUUAACCGAGUAGACGAGGCUUUUCAAUUAGUAGCUAAAAUAUUGCACGCUCAUUGUUCUCCCAAUAUUAUUACAUUCACUGCCCUAAUUAAUGGAUUCUGCAAAGUGGGGAGAGUAGAUGAAGCUCUGCGAUUGGUAGCUAAAAUGAGGCAUGCUAAUUAUGAUCUAGAUGUUGUUACUUAUACUACUCUGAUUGAGGGUCUGUGCAAGUUGGGUAGAAUAGAUGAAGCUCUAAGAUUUGCUGCUAAAAUGAGGUAUUCUAGCUUGUCUCCAGAUGUUAUUGCAUAUACCACCAUUAUCGAUGGCCUUUGCAAGGUGGGUAGAGUAAAUGAAUCUCUCCAAGUAGUAGCUAGCAUGAAACAAGAUAGUUGCUUUCCUGAUGCUUAUAUUUAUACGAGUUUAAUAGACGGCUUUAGCAAGGCUGGAAAAAUAAAUGAAGCAUACUCUUUGUUUGUGAAAAUGAUGAAGAUGGGCCCAUUUCCGGAUUCAGUGACAUUUCAUGCAAUUAUUUAUGAACUGUGGAGAUUUGGCAGGGUGGAUAUGGUUCGAAAAUGCUUUCACAAAAUGGAAAUAGUUGGCAUCACCCCAGAGGUUGAAUCCUAUCAAAUCCUUAUUGAAUCUUUCUGCAAUGAAAAUAAAGUGCAGAUUGCUUUCUCUUUGCUGGAAGAGAUGAUAGCAAAGGGUUUGGUUCCGGAUGUUGUAACAUACAACAGGGUAUAUAACAGUCUUCACAAAAGGUUGGAAAAUGCUAAUUACAAUUAAAGAAACAAGGUUGAACUUCAGAUUGUGCAACUAUCCAUCUGCUUAAUGCCUGUUUAAUGUUGGUGAAAUGGAAAAAUUAAUUGAUUUUGCUACCUGAUGGAUUUUUAUACUUGUUAGCGUAUAAUAUGAGUCUUGCAUAGUGUUCUCUACACAUAUGAUCCUAUUGACGCUUGGCAAGGUGGGUAGUUCAGAUGAAGCUCUGCAUCACAAGCUAAAUUAUACAAGAAGGGCAUUUUCCUGCUACGUAUAGUUACACUGUCUUGAAGAAUGGCUUAAGCAAUGCUGGAAUAGCAAACAAAAUCUACAAUCUGUUUGUACAAUUGGCAAAGGUGGGGCCCUUUUCCCUAUUCAGUGAGACUGACUGCAAUUAUUGAUGGGACUGUGCAAAGAUGGGAUACUGAUCUGUUUCUGGAAUGUUUUCAUAACAUGGAAAAAUUUGAAAUUAACCAAGAAUUGCAAUCUGUGACAUCAUGUUUGAUCCUUUUGCAUGGGAAAAACAAAAGUUUAUAUUGUUUCUCCCUGCUAGAUGAGUGGCAGUGAAGGGUUCUGUUUGGAUUAUAUGAUACUGAAUGGUUUGGUUCUGCAGCUGGAUGAGAUGAUAGCAAAGGGUUUGGUUCCAGAUACUGUCAGUUACAUAAAAGUUUUGCAUGGCCUUGACCAAAAAAUUGGGUUCAACUGGAUAGUACUUAUUACAAACAAAGAAACAAAGUUUUAGUCCAGGCUGGACAACUAUUCAGUAACUUCUUAACCACUGUUUUAUGUUGAAGAAAUGGAAAAACAAAUAGAUUUUGCAACUGAUUAUGAUUUUAUUUAUUUUGGACAAGAGUAUUUUCAUACCUUGGUGAUUAAUAUUUUCACCACGGUGAGUGUUAGAUAUAGAACUCACACUUUUUUGUGAGUCCAACUUCAGAUGAAGAAUGCAAUUGCUCAUCUUGUGGUUGAGUUGAAGCCAAGAAAAUAGGCUUUCAUUCUAAGGGAAAAAACUCAAAUGCUUGGUUCCAUUGCUGCAUGAAAUACAAAGAAGCAUUUGGAUCCUGAUGCUGGAUGAAAUACUGGUGAAAGGGUUUCAGUCUUUUUGUUGUCACAUAUGUCCAACUAUUUCACAGCCUUGGAAAAAUGUAUGGGAUGGAUAGUGCUUAUCUUCAGUUACUUGUGGCAAUCUCUUGUUUGUUGAUGCAACAGACAAAUGAGUAAAUUUUUUGACUGAUGACAAUUUUAUUCAUUUUGGGAAAGCGUAUUUUCCAUACCUUGGUGACUAAUUGUCUCACCUUGGUGAGUGUAAUUAUAUAGUAUUCACAUUUUUGCAUACAGCGAGGCUGAAUACAGGAUCAGCAUGUAACAGUUCAUCACAAGGCCAACUUGAGGCCAGGAGUGUAAUGAUUCUUGUAUUAAUGAGAAGGUGGAUGGAGGCAAGAAAAAAUACAGGAAUCCAUGUUUAUGCUCAUAGCUCAUUGGGUGAAAAGGAUAUCAUUCUGGGUAUUUUCUCUUCGAUUUUCUUACUGCUGGGCACCCCAUUUCAAGGUAUCACAUGCUCAUUUUGAUGAAGGAUUGAUUUAUUGUUUCAAAUCACCCUCAGAGGGAUUAGCGCCACUUUCCUUGCUUGGCAUGUGAGAGAUUGAGUGGGACAAAUCUGCAUUUUGGGACUGGUUAAUGCACAAGAUUUCUGUUUGGUUUGCAGCUGGAAAAAACAAGUUUAUGAUGUGAAGUCUAGUGGGAAUGAUGCCUAUAUCAAUGAAGACUGAUUUGGUGAAAGUUGAUAAACAUUUCCAGAAAUCCUAUUUUCAGUCAACUGGCAAGUUUCAUAUCUAAACUUGUGUGAGUACUCGCAACGACAUAAAACUUGUGGAACACAGCUGUGGUGCGGGGACAUGUUUUCAACAUGGAUUUUACAUUGAAAAAACAAGUUCUCCAAAUUGGCAAUCUUUAUAAUGUGCACCAAGGUAAUUGAGGAUGAAGAAGUUGUCAACCUGUUAUUCUGUAUCAGACCAAAUUCAAGACACUCCAUGAUUGUCAUCAAGUACCUUUUUUUUCCAAGUUGGUGAUUGUGUUUGGUUUUAUUUUGUUAACAAAGUUUUCACAGCAAACAUGAGAAACUGAAGCCCAUUAGGUAUUUGCUACCUGCGUAGAUCUUCCAGCUCAAAUUUGCAUCUACAACAUUCUCAAUGUAAGCCAAUUUAAGUAUAAGCAUCUACUUGGAUUAUGUUUUCAUCACUGAUAUGGUUGUCAAUUUAUAUUUUUAACAACUCUUGGUUGAGAAUGAUUUGCUAGAUGUUGGAAUCAUGUCAACUGAAGAAGCAAUCCACUACUUAUCUAGUUACUUGCAAAUGUUCUCUGUCUACAUAGGUCAAAAUUCAAAUGGUUCUUUGAGACUGCUUAUGCAAAAAUUAUUCCUCAUUCAAUAUAGCAUUAGAGACAUAUUACUCUCACCAGUGAGGAAGCAGUGAAAAUUAUUGUGAACAUUUCUUUGCAAUUAUUCAUUUUCUUUUCAGAUGUACUUGGUGUUAGUCAACUAGAAAACACCUUCAUCCGUGUACAUCUAUUUAAUCCAUACAACUGUAAAUCAAUCAGUUUUAACGGCCACCUUUCCGUACUCUUUGUUGCCUGUGCUGUCUUUUUAGCUUUACUGUGAACCAAGAGGCCGUAGUGGACUUAUAUCUAGCCAUGUUUGGAUGUAAAUUGUGUUAAUGAGGCUGCUUUAAUAUUAGAAGCAUGGUUAGUGGGGCUUAAAUUUGGUCUUAAGGUGAGCCCUCUGCCACUUGACCAUGGCUCAUUGGACCAUAUAAUUCAAGUUUGAAUUAAAUUUCGAUCACAUCCUUGAGGAGGUGAAAGUGAAGUAAUUUCCUUGUGUGAUUUAUCUUUGCAAGCUUUGAAUUCAUGUCUUUAACUUGGCUUUUGCUUGGAAGCCUUUGGAAUUUAGAUUGUGUUUGAGGACCUUAGUUGAAAAGUAGAAAUUGAGGCCAAUACCAGUUGGGAAGGGAAUAUGUAUUAAUUAUUCGG